UGGCCAACCUGAAUCUUGACAGUCGAUUAAUUAUCAAAAUUCAAAUGGGCGGUGGUCCAAUUUCUUCAAUUAAUUCCGGAAUAGGGCAAAAAAGUGGUCAAUGACACAAUUAUGAGCGUUAAAACACAACAAAUCGACUCCACAAACAAUUUCAACAAAUUUGACAAAGUGGGGUUAUGUGCAGUUUUAAAUGCAUAAAAUCUACAGGAGUUGCAAGAGAUUAUCCGUAUGGGUAUUGCUCUUGACACAGAUACUGUUAAUAAUGUCGUACUUUUACCUAAGAGUUGACAGUGAUAUUAAAAGUGAAAAAAUCUCGUUUAUAAGGUCCCCCGAUGAAGAACAACCAAAACGUACAUAUCACACCUCAAGCAGUAGGAUUUUUUUAAGGAGCAUUAACACCCACACGAAGUUUAUCGAUUUUAAUUCAAGUCUGUGUUACACGAACGGCACAGACUUGGUUUCAAUGAAACGUUCAAAGGAGUUCAACUGGCAGUGUGCCUGCCUUCCUGGAUGGCAUGGCAAGGACUGUGGGCAACCGGAAGUCAUAUGGAGGGCCUUCCUGACCCACAGAACACCCAUCAAGAUCAUAGGACCCAGGAGCUUCGAGCGGAGAAUUAUUUACGCUUUUGCAGUAGACAAAUUUAGUGAAAUUAUGACCGAAAUACGAAUCAACGAACUAGGUGAUAUAGUCGAUUUGUUUAUUUUGUACGAAGACGAGGAGUCGGAUUUUUUGGAACGGAAACUAAACAACAAUUUCGUGAAAAACUACCAUGAAAAAAUCCUCUACCUUAAGGCGAAAAACAUAAAAUACGCACUACGUUUAGUUAGGAAUUUGCGGGACGAUGACGUGAUUUUAACCAGCGAACGAAAUGAGGUACCUAAUAAAUACGCAAUAAUUUUUUUGAAAUAUUACGACAAGUGGCCGGAGCCGGUCCGUUUCCGUAUGCGCUGGUCCGUGUUUGGAUUUUUUUGGCUCCAUCCCGGCAAGACUAUAAUCACAGGAGGUGCAUGUUCUGUCUCAUUUUUACGCGCAAAUUUUAACAACAAAUUCGGGUCGCUUCAUUCAACCUCCAGUCCUUUAAACAAGGGGAUUAUCUUAGGAGAUUUGAACCAUUUCGGCGGCUGGUUCUGCGAGUAUUGCAAUGAUGUAGCACAAAUAAUCGAAUUUUUAUCAAGCAAACCCCAAACUGGCAUUAAUUUAGAGAAAAUCGCACAGAAGAAAAUCGACAAUGCGUUUCUGGAAGACGUAAUAGAAAAUGGGCUUUAUAUAGACGGCAAGACUGAACUUCUGAGAACGCACCGCUAUCGCGACAACUAUUUCGCACCCUUUUACGUAUCUGAAAAUAGCUGGGCUUAUGAUUUUCUCCUCACAAAUAUUUAUUCUAAAAUAGAUUAUUACGAAGGAUGAAGACUGAAGAAUCGUCACGGCCUCCAAUCAGAUUCCUGCCAUGAGCUGCGGAAACUCCUAAUAUUAAGCUGUGAUAACUUGUAAAUACCUUUGCCCAUACUAUAUCACUAGUAACGACUUUUUAUCAGCUAAUAAACGAACGAAAUUU